CCCAUUUCUGCUGGCAGGGACGGUAGCAAUAACUGAAAUGUUCAUCUCUAGUGUGAAGUCCUGGGCUAUAGCAUUCGCUUUAAUCGGGGCCAUUUGUUCAGCGAGUGCAACUACAACAUCAGAAAUCAAAUAUAGUUAUUUUGACGAUUAUCUAAGCAGCCUAGACGAAGACCAGCAAGCAGCUUUUACCAGAGAAUCUAGAAUCAUAGAAGGAAGUGGAGGCGAGGAUGAGGCAGAACCACCUGAAGUGACUAGGUUCACGAUGCCGAUUAGAACUGGUCUGAAGCAAAGCAAAGACGUCACAUGCUGUUCUCUGGGGCAGUUAGCAGGCGAUAAAGGAUACCACUGUUUCGCCAAGUUCUACGCAGCUCGAAUUCUACUCAGAAACCAAAACAGGGCACACAACACAAAGCUUGGCUUCCACGGAAGGUACAGCAGUCCGUACUACGGUACCAAGUUGAUGCGAACAUUCGAACAAUGUGUUGCCACCAGGAGGAUCGUAUUCCAUAAAUGUUGCCACCUCUCUGCCAUAGAUCGAAGGAACAAACCGCAUUUUGACAGCAUACAAAGGAAGAGGUACGAAAUGAAGAUGAAAAGGAUCAAGUUGGCGAAACAUUUGCAAGUGGAUCAUAAUUUCAUAGGUGUAUGAGCUGAUUCUGAACUUAUUAUUUCCGAGCUAAUUACUAAAGGUUUAGAGUUGUUUGUGUGACAUUCUAAUAACUUAUCACACACUUCUGACAACAUAUUAAAGAUAUUUUUAGAAACGUUAAGCUUUCAGCGACUUAUGAAGUAAAGGGUAAUCAGAUGCUUGACUUGUCCCCUACAGAGUAGGAAAAUAAUGUUUUGCACCUCAUGUUGCAAAACCCCUCGAUCGUGUGACUACAUCCUGUAUAUUUGCAAACAAAAGUUCAAUCUGUAUUCCUGUCAUGUUUCGAGAUCCAUUCCUUAUUACAUUACUUCUAAAUUAUCAAUUUUUAAAUGAACACUUUAGAAUUUUUAAAGUUUAACGCAUUACCAUGGGUUUUUAAACACAGUUACAAUGUAACAAUCUUAUAAAUGGCACGUGGAUACAGGAUAACAUAUUUUGAAAACGACCCGCUGUUACCCGUUAACUGAAAGACAAUUCAUCCAUUACCAUUUGACACACAUUUCCUUCAUCAACAAAUUUAGAAAAUGAAAAUUCUCCUGUAUACAUGUCUAAAAUUUUGAGAAUCAGCAACAUUUUUGAACUUAUUUUCACUCAUAAAAUGUAUUAACAUCUGUUAAAUAAACCAUGUGGUUUCAUCCA